AUUUAAAUUGCAGUCAAAAAGUUAAUAUUAAAGCAAUGGAAGAAACCUUAUUUGAAAUGUUGGCCGUAAGUGAAAGAAAAAGCAUUUAUCGUACAAUCAAUGCAUUGAAAAAGAUUUUUCAAGAAUAUCAACAAAUGAAUGAAACGAUUGAAAAGGAAAAAGUAGUUAAUUUGAAUUCAUUUCAUACGGAACUCGAAAACAUCAGACGUUGUAUUUUAACGCCGACUCGUCUUUUAAUACUUCCACCGCAACCGACUCUCACGAGUCGGUUCAUUGUCAAUGCAAAAGCCGAUUAUGCCAUAAGACUAUCAAUACGUGAAGACACUUUAGAAUCACUGCAAUUUACAGUUCAGUCUCAGAGACAUUUCCUUCCGCUACAAAAGAAAGCCAUUUCUGAUUUUCUUAAGAGAACUAUAAAAACCCCGAUUGAAGAUAGCAUUAGAAUCGGUGACAGAUAUUUCAAAUUUUUAGGAAGUUCUUCAAGUUCUCUACGAGACGCCGGAAUGAUUCUCUACGCCAAAGAUCCUGACGGAACAACUGCUCAAUUGAUUAGAGAAAACAUCGGCGAAAUGUCACACAUUAGGAAAAAUGUGGCCAAAUAUGUGGCCCGACUCGGACUUGCAUUCUCUCAGGUUAUGAAACAUAUUAUUGUGAAUCCAAAUUCAAAUGAAACCGAAGUUAUUAAUGAUAUUGAAGGAGAUUUUAAAGUGGAUGAAAAUGGAGAUAAAUUAGACGAAAAAUACAACUUUAGUGAUGGAAUUGGAAGGGUUUCGAUAGAUAUUAUGAAAGAGGUUUACAAAGAAUUGCCAAACGAAUGUACAAAUAAGCCGUCAGCGAUGCAAAUCCGUUACGGAGGCUGUAAAGGGAUGCUUGUAUUGGAUCCUAAACUUAAAGGAAGGAAAAUACUAUUUAGAGAAAGUAUGCAAAAGUAUAAAUCCGAUGCCAAAGAAUUGGGUAUUAUAAAGCUAUCACUUCCACGAUCACUAUAUCUUAAUCGACCGUUUAUCACAAUUCUGGAACAAUUGGGCGUCGAGUCAAAUAUUUUUCUUAAGAUGUUAAUGAAAGAUCUCAAAGGUUUGUCAAAUGCAAUGAUAUGUGAGUGUGCGGCCACUCCUUUACUUCGAUCGCAUUCAACUUUGGGUAUUCCUUACACCAAACUCUUGAAAUAUGGAAUCCCUUUCUUAUCGGAACCAAUAUUCAGACAAAUCGUCGAUUCUGUGAUUAAUCACAGAAUUGUUGAAUUGAAAAGAAAGGCCAGAAUUAAAGUACCGAUGAAUAGCGGUCGCACUGUGUUUGGAGUUCUCGAUGAAACAUCAACUCUUGAAUAUGGACAGGUGUUUGUCCAAUUAUCUGAAGUGGAUGAGGACAAUAUGCCACAGGAUAAGACAUUUAUAUUGAAAGAAAAGAUUAUGGUCACAAAGUUUCCUUGUCUACAUCCGGGUGACGUCCGAAAAUUUGAAGCCAUAGAUGUCCCGGAGUUACAUCACAUAAAAGAUUGCAUUGUUUUCCCUCAGAAAGGCAGUCGUCCGCAUCCGGAUGAGAUGGCAGGCAGUGAUUUGGAUGGCGAUGAAUACGCUGUUAUUUGGCAAUCAAAUCUUAUUUUUGAAAAUGAAAACAAUAAACCGAUGAUAUUUCCCACAACAAAAGCUAAAGAAUUACACAAAGAAGCCGAUGUAUCGGAUAUUCUCGACUUUUAUUGUGAUUAUAUUAUCUGCAAUAAUGUCGGUGUUCUGGCAAACGCUCACUUAGCUAAUGCAGAUCUCAAAGAUAAGGGUAUCUUUGAUGAUAUUUGCAUGAAAUUAGCGCAUAAAUAUGCCGUUUCACUUGAUUUUGCCAAAACUGGACAAACUGAAGAACUUGAAACGAAAGAAAGGCCUAAAUUAUAUCCCGAUUUUAUGGAAAAGUUUGCACAAAAGCGAAGCUAUUUGUCGAAUAAAACAUUGGGACAGAUCUAUAGAUAUUGCGAUCGUUAUAGUUUGGGAAUCUAUUCAAACAGAAAUUUAGAAAUAAAAGCUGAACCCAACCCUACUUUUAUAUUAGAAGGUUGGCAAAGAUAUGAAGAAUCGGCAAAAAAUGCUUAUCAGACUUACAAACUAAAAGUAAUGUUUUUAUUGAAUCGCUUCGGACUCGAUAACGAAGCAACUCUUCUAAGUGGAACUUUCAGCAAAACUACCAAAUAUAUGACCGGAAGAAAUGAAACCAAUGAUGUCCACGAGUUGCUCGAGAAUAUGAUUAAUAAAUUAUUUAUUGAAUUUAAAGAUAGAUUUAAUUUUGAAUCAACAAAUGACAACGACUCUGAAGAUGAACGAAGAUUAAGAGCCAGUGCCUGGUAUGUCGUUCCCUUCAAUGCUGACGUUGGUAUUAACGAAAGAUAUUUUGGAUUCUCGUGGACUAUCACUGAAGAAUUAUGUAAAUUACACAAAGAUAACGACAAAUUUAAUGUUAAUAAAGUAGAUCACAAAUGCAUUCAUUUGAUGACUAAUUUUAUUGACAAAUAUUUUUACGAUAACUAUAUAUAUCGAGAUCCAGUUAUUGACAAUUCAAUCACUGAUGUAGAAAAAAGACGACUAAUAGAAAUGAGAAGUAGACUCGAGUCGGCAGAAGUUGUAUUGAGAGCUUGGCUCGAAAGACAGGACCACUUGUUUUUCAAAAGAAAUAUCAAAAAGAAGUUAAUUUCAUCGACAGAUUAUGUCAUUUCAGAUAUGGAUCGCAAACUCAGAAGAAAGUUCACACAAAUGAGAUGUUUAGAGAUGGAAAUUGCAACUAAAUGUCUCACUAAACCACUUAAGACUUCGGGUCAACUAAUUAUGACUUUCUUUAAGGAAGCCGUAGACGAGUGGCUCAAUAUUGAUAAUAACAGACGAAUAGUAGACACGCCUUUAAUAAAGUUUGGUUUCAGUGCACUCAUGACUUUAUAUCAUUUCUUUAAAACUCGAGAAAUAAGUCAUAUAAUAGAUUUAAGACCGAAAUUUACAAUUUCAUUACAAUCUCCUGUAAGAGAAUUAUCUUUUUUUAUAUCACUUGAUAUACCAAUGCCUAGAAAAUCACAGCAAAAUAAAGACGAAAAGAUAAAACCAAAAUCUUCAGCAGAAAGUAAACUGGAAUUUGCAAUAAAUAAAAGACAAGAACAGAGAAUUGAGUUAAUGAAGAAAUACGUGGAAUAUAUGGUCGUUAAUUCGGAUCAGUUUAUAGAGAAGUUGAAGUUUAUCAGUGGUGCCAUUGAAAUAUAUCUUGAGCCGUAUCCGCUUAAAACUAAACGGGUUCAACAUUACUAUUUGUUGACAGCUUCGGGAACUGUUUGGUCACUACAGACGAUCAAAAAUUUCAUAAGUCAUCCGUCUUUCUUUAAUACAGUUGUCAAUCAUGACAUUCCGUGGAAACGAAAAAAUCUCUUUUACAAAGGAGAUCCAGCGCUUGAAAGUAUUGCAGAAAUAAAGUCUUAA